AUGUCCGGAUCCGCAUCAGGAGAAGGAAAUCACGACGACGGCGGCCAACUCUACGGCGAGGACGACACCGUCCUCUUCCAGCGUCCGGCGUGCGGCGGUGGGGACGAUGUUGGUGCCACGCCGUCGGCCUACUCCACCAUCACCGACUACCUGCAGGGGCUCAUCAACCCCGCGGAGCUCGCGAGGCCACCAAGCUGCCCGGCUGCGGGCCAGGUGAUCUUUUCCGCUGCGGCCCCGUCCACGGCCAACUCGUCGACGUCCAGCGAGGCGGUGGCCGCGCCCCGCGGGUGCAAGAGAGGCAUGCUGGCGCCGGAGGAGGGAGACGAGGAUGGAUCGGCCGAUCAUGGCAGCUGCAGGAGCGACGAGAAGGAGCAAAAGAAGAAGGGGAAGGGGGAGAAGAAGGCGCGAAGCUCCCGUGUCACCUUCGCAACCAAGAGCGAGGUCGACCACCUCGACGAUGGCUAUCACUGGCGCAAGUAUGGCCAGAAGGCCGUCAAGAACAGCUCCUUCCCAAGGAGCUACUACCGGUGCACGACCGCGCGUUGUGGGGUGAAGAAAUUGGUGGAGCGCUCGCAGGAGGACCCUUCGACGGUCGUCACCACCUACGAGGGUCGCCACGGGCACCCAAGCCCCGUCGCCACCCACCGUGGCCAGCGGAUGCUAAUGGCCACCGGUGCCGACAUUGCCUACUCGCUUGCCACGCUCCAACAUCAGCAACUUGGCUUUUUUCGGGCCGGUGCCGACGUCUACGCUUCGUCUGUCGCACACCGAGUGUCGGAGUACGGUGGCAUGCAGUUCCAUGCCGAUCUUCUUCCCGAUGCCACGGUGGGCUACCAGCAAGGGUAUCGUUAAGUCAGUCACUAUGAGUGUGUAGAUAAUAUAUCUAUAGCUUUAGUUUGGCCUUAAUUAGUAAGGCAUCGAGCUGGCCAAUGGGCACACACGGUUUUUUUUCAAACUGACAGGCACAAAUGUUUGUUGUCCUGAGUUUAUUCUGGAUGUUGAAAUCAAAUUCUUCGUACCUAGCUACUCUGAGUUACAACCUUACAAUGCAAAGCACCAUUCUGUAUGGCGAGGAUUGUACACUAUGCAAUUCA